AUGCUCUCCCGCGGGUGGGCGCACUUUCUCACACCACCUCCGGCGGGGCGGGGCCGGGGCGGGCGGAGCGCCUGUGGGCGGGGCCGGGGAAGGGGUGGGGCCAGGGUGGGGCGGGGCCGAGAGUCCCGAGGGUCCGGAGCCUGGGAGGCCAGAGACUGGAGAAAAGUUGUGGGAUCCGAGCCCCAGCCGUCGCCAGAGCCGGAGCCGCCGGGGCGAGGACCACCCAGCGGGGAUCCGGCACGACCUACGGAGACGCAGCCGGACCCGCCCAGUUCGGCUGCCCGGGUAGCGCCGGGGUCGGGGGCAGCCGCGGGGGCCGCGGGCGGGAGGCGUGAACCCGGGGGCUGCAUGAUGCGCUCCAAACACAGGGCCCCGGGGCUGUGCGGGGCACCCUGCCGGGUAGAGGUCACAUCCUCAGAGCAGAUAUCACCUUCCUGGAAGAAACCAGUGUUUUCUGAGGAACUCAAGUUCACAGUGCAGAGAAGGGAUGAAGAACAGAGAGAAGGAGAGAGAAAGCCCUUGCAUCAGGUCCUGACAGCAUCAUCAGACAGGGUGAGUAGGAUCUGCCCCAGCCAGCACCUUCCUGGGACGUUCCAGCAGGAAAGCAGUCAUGCAUCCACUGCCUCCCAAUGUCUGACACAAGUCUUUAAAUUGAAGUAUCAGGACUUUCUUGGUGGUCCAGUGGAGACUAGCACAGCUGGCACACACCCCAAAACAAAGAUGAAGCAUUAGAAUUCUCUCAUGGUACCUCUGAUCUGUCCAGCUCCCC